CUUAUAAUGCAAUAACCAGACUUUUCUGAACUUAAAGAAAACUCUUUAGAAGAAAUGACGAAUUUCUAGAACUAAGAAGAAAUACAAUAACUUUCAUAAAUUUAAAAAGACUUGUAUUUCAUAAAGGAUGUUUAAAAUAAUAUUGAUUUUUUUGUUUCUAAAAAUGAAGCCCCAUUAGAUAUUAUAACAGAUCAAACAUAGAAAUCAGACACAAAUGUCAAUUAAAUUAAAUAGUAAGCAGAUUAAGCUUUAGAUGACACUUUAAAUCUGUAAUUUUAUAAUUGAAAUUUUUAAUAGAAGAAGUAAUAAAAUUACAGUAGCAUUUUCAGGUGUAAUUGGAGCUCUUUCAAUGUUAAAAGGAUUCGGAUUUGCAAUAGGAGGUGUAGUUGGUGGAAUAAUUGGCCGAAAAGCAGGUUAAUUAUCUUAAGGUAAUAUUAAAGAAAAAUCCAGAGAUUGA